GGAGUCCGGAAAUGCGCGUGGCGUCUUCCGGCUGGGAGUUCUAUUGAUGUGGAAGAGCCACUUGAGCAUGAAUUCAUCAUAAAUCAGGGUCCUGCAGGAAUGGACAGCUCGUACCAGGUGGUCAUCGGCAGCUUCAUUGUCUUCCAGGUCCUCUUUCACGUGGUCACCCCGCGCCUCUCCGCACGGUUCAGCUGGGGAUACAGCAACCUGUCUGGGGCGCAGAAAACCGAAUGGCACUCCAGGUGUGUUUCCACCGUCCAUGCGCUCAUCGUUGGAGGUCUAGCGUUGUACAUCCUCUGGUUCGACGAUGACGUAAACAGAGACCGCAUCUGGGGGGAUCCCAGGCUAGUGAAGGUUAACAUAGCAAUCGCUUCAGGCUACUUGAUCAAUGAUUUAGUGCUUCUCCUGUGGCACUGGAAGACAUUAGGAGACAGGUAUUUCAUCAGCCACCAUUUGGCAGCGCUGUAUGCCUACCAGUACGUGCUGGCUCGAGGUCUCCUACCUUACUUUGCUAAUUUCCGAUUGAUUGCAGAACUCUCCACGCCCUUCGUAAACCAGCGAUGGUUUUUCGAGGUGCUGGCGGUACCCCGCAGUGCCCGGCUGGUGGUACUGAAUGGCACGGCCAUGUCAAUCAGCUUCUUUCUGGUGAGGAUCGCUGUGAUCCCAUCCUACUAUCGGCAAGUGGCGUCCAGCUUUGGCACGGCUGCCUUCCACCGCCUUGGCCUGGGCCCACAGUGUGCUUGGAUCAUAUCCAGCCUGGCCCUGGAUAUUCUCAACACAAUCUGGAUGUACAAAAUCGCCAGAGGCUGCUGGAAAAUUCUCGUCAGAUCUCACAUGCAUCGGAAAACGGAACUCAGCAAGAGUUUCUAAGCACAUGGACAAGAUUGAUCAGCUUCUACAUUAAUAAUUCAAUUGAUCAGUGGCAAAUCAACACUGUUUAAAGAAAAAUUACUUCAAAGUCUCAAUUAUUAUAGUAAAUCCAGCAAAUCUAUAAAUGUUGGUAUUCCCAAAUAUAGACUCGGAGGAGACUAGAGACUGAUUACUCCCAGAUUUUUAUUUCUGCAAUCUCCCGGAAGUGCAUCUCAGUUUCUCCAUCUUGCCUGUAUCUGAGCCUUGUGAGUGGGAGGUGCCUCGGUACAAAGGGGACAGGUGUCAUCAACACUGGGGCCAGCUCUCUCCGCCCUGCGCUCCAUUGCCAAGCCUGCUCACGCACUACAGAAGCCCGCUCCAGUGCAGUCCCGCGCAGUGGUCCCACACACCUGCAGCCCCGAGAAUGCUGCACUGCACAAUGCCUUAUCCACCCGUCCUUGACUGUUAGUUGAGCUGUGCUCCAGAACGCAAACUGGAGUCAGAUUUUAUUUAAAAGAAUUGUAUCAUACUUUAAGGCAAUAACCCCGUGUGUCUCCCCCCCCCCCCCCCCUGUAGAUCAAUUGGCCUUUCUGAUAUAUUCCCACACACAAACUAUUCCCCAGCUACUAUAGAGACUAUGCAGCCUCCAAAUGCAACCCCUCACCCUCACACUCCAGAGUUUUAUGAUUCCUGUUUCAUUAGUUCAUGUGAUAGGAGCAGAAGAGAUAAAUUCAUAAGUGAUAGGGGCAGAAUUAGGCCAGUGAGCCCAGCCAGUCGACUCUGCCAUUCAACCAUGGCUGAUCUACCUUCCCCUC